UUAGUAACUUGUGCACUUUGACUUUAACUAAUAACUUUAAUAAAAAAAUAAUUAUAAAAUAAAAUAAUGAUUUUAUCAUUUACAUUACUUGAAAAUUAACGAAAUUAACAAAAAUUUGGUGUUUAGUAGUUAGUUUUUCAACGUCGUGAUGUCUGAGCACACUAGUGUCUGCGUGUAACUGUAGCCACAAUCGAUUUUUGAAAAGUGUAGGUUAUGUUUUGAUUUCGAAGAAAAACAUAAAAGCUUCUUUAGUACUUAUUAGUGAUAAGAGUGAAGUGUGUCUUUAGUGCUGUACUUUUUAUUUACUCCCGGAAAUGUUUGUUAUGUAGUUUUACGUCGAUAGGACCAACACGUGUAUAACCUAUAAAAAUGGAUUCAAAAUACAGUUUACUGGGGAAUAGCAAUAAAUUGAACAUUUCAAAAUUUAAGAUUAAGCCAAGACCUACACCUAUUUUGUUUAGCAAGAAGAACGGUCCAACUUCUCCUAAAAAAAUCAAAUUAAAUGAUAAUGAAUCAAACAAGUCAAGUAUCGCUAACGGGGGUAACAAGUUCAAAAUAAGUAUACAAGAACAAAGAACGAAACUGCCAGUUUAUGACAAGAAAAACAAACUAUUAGAUUUAAUAAAAAGACAUAACACUUUAAUUAUUUUGGGCGAAACUGGGAGUGGGAAGACUACGCAAAUUCCUCAAUAUAUUAAUUCAGCAAGGUUACAAAAUAAUGGUAGGAUAGCAAUUACGCAACCUAGGAGGGUUGCUGCAGUUAGUAUCGCAACAAGAGUAGCCCAAGAAUAUGGAAAUGGACAAACCGUAGGAGAUACAGUUGGGUAUACAGUCAGAUUUGAGGAUGUAACGUCGAAAAGAACCAAAAUUAAAUAUCUCACUGAUGGAAUGUUACUUAGGGAGGCAAUGUUUGAUAAUUUGCUAAUGGAAUACACAGUCGUUAUUUUGGAUGAAGCUCACGAAAGGACAAUAAACACUGAUGUUUUGUUUGGAAUUGUUAAAAAUGYACAGAAAGUUAGGGAAAACAGGAAUUUAGAGUCUUUAAAGAUUAUCAUCAUGUCUGCAACAAUGGAUGUUGACCACUUUUCAAGAUACUUCAACAACUGCCAAGCAGUAUAUCUUGAAGGGAGGACUUACCCAGUUAACGUUUUUUACACAGUGAAACCUCAUGAAGAUUAUCAAACAGCAGCUGUAGCAACAUUUUUUAAAAUUCAUAGGGAAGCACCAGCAAACCACGAUGUUUUAAUUUUUUUGACCGGCCAAGAAGAAAUCGAAGCUGUAGCUCACCAAAUACGCGUCCUUAGUAAAGACCCUGAAGUCGAGGGCCCCCACGUAAGAGUGUGUACUUUAUAUGCUGCGCAACCUAGUUCGCAACAAAUGACUGUUUUUAACCCUUCACCCGAAAAUAUGCGGAAAGUUAUAAUUAGUACAAAUAUUGCCGAAACUAGUGUUACUAUCACGGGAGUUAAAUAUAUCAUUGACAGUGGGAUGGUUAAGGCUCGAACUUAUCAUCCCGCGACUGGUUUAGAGUUACUCAAAGUGCAAAGAAUAUCACAGGAACAAGCUUGGCAAAGAACAGGUCGGGCAGGCCGUGAYUCUGAAGGCACUUGUUACAGACUCUACACCCGAUCUCAAUUUGAAAUGAUGCAAAAAUCGACGAUUCCUGAAAUACAACGUGCGAAUCUCACUUCUGUCGCAUUGCAACUUCUUGCGCUAGACAUCCACGCGUUGUACUUYGAUUUCAUGGAUAAACCGCCAGAAGAUGCAAUAACUGCAGCUUUUGAUCAGUUGAAAUUAUUAGGUGCCAUAGAAGCCGUGGAGUCUAGUUGUUUAACUAGUUUAGGAGAACAAAUGGUAAAAUUUCCACUUGACCCCCGGUUUAGUAAAAUAUUACUAUCUGCGUCGAAUUUUGGUUGUUUGGAAGAAGUAUUGACUAUAGUAUCGCUAUUAAGUGUUGAAUCAAUUUUACUCAGCCCUCCAAAUAAACGAGAUCAAGUACAAACGAUCCGACAGAAAUUCUUCUCGGCCUAUGGAGACCACAUUACCCUUUUAAAUAUCUAUAGGGAGUUUAGUAAUGUGGGUCAGAAUUGCCGAAGUUGGUGUCAUGAACACUACAUCAAUAUGAGAAAUAUUUUGCAAGCGAGAGAAGUCAGAUCUCAACUGGAGGAAAUUUGUACUAAGACGGGGCUUGCGUUGGCGUCGUGUGGAAGUCAGAUGGAUCAAGUUAGAAAAUGUCUUUUGACUGGCCUCUUUAUGAAUGUCGCUGAACUUCACAGGGAUAGACAAUACAUUACACUUGAUAAAAGACAAGUAGUUUCAAUUCACCCAAGUUCCGUCUUGCAUGGCCAACAACCCCAUUUUGUUUUGUUCACAGAAGUUGUACAAACAACAAAACGCUACUUAAGGUUACUGUCAACGGUCGAAAGUGAUUGGCUGCAGGAAGCAGCACCGGAUUAUUUCAAAACACACAGUAUAAAAUGUGCCAGGGAGAGUUGAUGUAAUAAAUGAAAUAAUUGUAAUAUUCCAUUAUGUUCUUUUGAACGUGUGUUCAAUUUAGUUUUAGAUUGUGUUAUUAAUUAUUUUUUACUUGUUAUUAUGACCAUUAUAUUGUAUAUUUUUAUGCAUCAA